AAAGCGAGAGUUGGAAAAAGUUUUUCCCAAAAAAUACUUUUUUUCGUAACAAAACCACAUUUUUUGGCUGAUUAUUGAGUAAUCAACUGAAAUCAAUACAUAACUAAUUUUUAGAGCGAUAUAAGAAAUUAUAUUUCGCCUUAAAAUCAAUCAAAUAUGACAUCAAAUAUGGAUGAUAUGUCUUCGAGUGAAAUGAACAGUUCAUCCGAUUUGCAGCUCAUGGAUACCAGUCCUGACUCUAUAAUUCCGGAGAGUGAUAACGACUCGGGAAUCGUAGCCCUUGUCAACAGCCAUAGGAUAGGUUCCACGGCCUCCAACUCCGAUGAAGACCACAAUUUCAAAGACAAGGUCAAUCAAUCGACGAAUCUCUCAUUAAGUUAUGGCGCAAAACCUCGCGUCCGGUUUGACGACGAGUUACCACUUUCCGAGCAAAACAUGCGAAAGUCGUGCAAAAAACUGUUUGAAACGCUUUUGCAACAGAAUAAGGAGUGCCCCACACCUGCCGGCCCCAUACCCGUCAAUCCCGACGACCAGUCAGUCACGAAAAGCUCAUCACUCCUGCCGUCCUGUCACUGCCAUCGGUUCCAGACAUCCAAUAAUAACUGUUGCACUCAUACCGCAGACCACAACCACAACGGCGAGUCCUUUGACGACAACGAGCUGUUGAUCACGACGUAUGGCCAGCAAUACAAUUACGGCCCACAGACUGGCGGGCAGACCGUCACGAGGCGUCAAAAGUAUCACACGUUAGACAACCGGCAAAGUAGGAGUCAGUGGUCGUUGAGUCACAAUAAGGUCCGUACGGCCGAAGACGUGACGGACAGGAAGUCUGCGUUCAAUUGUAACGCAGCUCUCGAUAGGAUUAAGCGUAUGUCCGAUCAGUUAGAGUCGGCAUCGAUGGUGAACGCCUUCGCGCGCCCGGCGUUUAUCAAGAGUCCAGAGUUCGCACAGAAUAUGGAUAUCUUAUAUGAGACCAUAUUUCCCACAGAAAAACCCGACAAUAGCGUCAAUUCAUCCAAUAGUCACAUGAAUCGAUGGCUGAAUAAUAAGUUGGGUAUCAAUGAGGACAGGCCUACUCGACUCGAGGAGGACAGUGGGGCCGGCAAUAGGGAUGUGAAUGUAAUGAUUGAUUCGCCGCACAAACACUUGUUAUCGGAAUCUAAUUCUAGGAAAUCUAUUCUGAAAGCCAUU